AAAAAAGUCGAGAGCGGGUUGGUAGAAAGUUUCGCGGACUUUGUUCACGGUUAGAUAACAUUUUUUUGUGUCGCGUCAGACGGCGGCGGGAGUCUAACGGGUGUUUAAUUUUAUCUGCUUCCAACCAGUAAAGAGACAAACAUGGCUUUGACGAAUGGCCACAGCAUUAAUAAAGAAAUCUGGGACUCUCACAACAAGAUGAUGUUGGAGCCUCUGGCUGUCAACGACUCUGAGGUGUUUUCUAUCAUAAAGAAAGAAAAGAAGAGGCAGACGUACGGCUUGGAGCUGAUCGCAUCUGAGAACUUUGCCAGCAGGGCUGUUCUUGAAGCUCUGGGUUCUUGCAUGAACAACAAGUACUCUGAAGGUUAUCCUGGCCAAAGGUAUUAUGGUGGCACAGAGCAUAUUGAUGAGCUGGAGAGGCUUUGUCAGAAGAGAGCACUGGAGGCCUUUAGUCUGGACCCAGAGAAAUGGGGAGUGAACGUGCAGCCAUACUCAGGUUCUCCAGCCAACUUUGCUGUGUACACGGCUGUUGUGGAACCUCAUGGCAGGAUCAUGGGGCUGGACCUUCCUGACGGAGGUCACCUGACACACGGCUUCAUGACCGAUAAGAAGAAGAUCUCUGCGACGUCCAUCUUCUUUGAGUCCAUGCCGUAUAAGGUGAAUCAAGAAACCGGCUACAUCGACUAUGACAGACUUCAAGACAACGCACGACUGUUUCACCCUAAGCUCAUUAUUGCAGGAACCAGCUGCUAUUCCCGCAACCUCGACUACGCCCGCUUAAAGCAGAUUGCUAAUGAGAACGGCGCCUACCUGAUGGGAGAUAUGGCUCACAUCAGUGGCUUAGUAGCUGCUGGGGUUGUGCCGUCACCCUUCGAGCAUUGUGACAUUGUUUCCACGACGACCCACAAGACGCUGCGCGGCUGCCGUGCUGGAGUCAUUUUCUACAGAAAAGGAGUAAGGAGUGUUGAUGCCAAAGGAAAAGAGACUCUGUACAACUUGGAGUCGUUGAUAAACCAGGCGGUGUUCCCGGGGCUGCAGGGUGGACCGCACAACCACGCUAUUGCAGGCGUUGCUGUGGCUCUCAAACAGGCCAUGACUCCCGAGUUCAAGGUCUACCAGCAGCAGGUUCUUGCUAACUGUAAAGCUCUGUCCAAUGCCCUCGUGGGCCACGGCUACAAGAUUGUUACUGGCGGUUCUGACAACCAUCUAAUCCUCCUGGACCUGCGCAACAAAGGUACUGAUGGUGGACGAGCUGAGAAGGUGCUGGAGGCCUGUGCUAUUGCCUGCAAUAAGAACACCUGUCCAGGAGACAAGAGCGCUCUCCGUCCCAGUGGACUCAGGUUUGGCUCUCCAGCUCUGACCUCCAGGGGCUUGGUGGAGGAAGACUUCAAGAAGGUGGCUUUGUUCAUCCACAAAGCUGUUGAAUUGACCCUGGAUGUGCAGAGGAGCCAGGAUCCCAAAGCCACUCUGAAGGAGUUUGUCCAGGCUCUGGCUCAGGGAGAGAAGUUUCAGGAGCGAGUAGCUGCGCUGAGAGCCGAGGUGGAGGCUUUUGCCGGUCAGUUCCCCAUGCCCGGCCUGCCGGAACUGUGAGGCCAGACGAGAGUUGGACUAACGUUUAUUGUUUAAACACACCAGUCAAUGGGUGUAUUCUGACCUUAAAGCAUUCCUCACUUGAUAAUUCAAUAGAAUUGUUUUUAUUAAAGACACAUUUAAGCUCAGUCCUGCAAAUGUCAUUGUGUCAUGAUUUAGUAAUGUUACAGAGUCCUGAUGUUUUACUUGGGAUUCACAUCUUUUAGAUGUUACGAUCAAAACUGACUGGAAAUUCAUGACUGGAAUUUCGAUUUUUAGUAAAUUAAGUCCAAAAACAUUCCAUGAGUAUGUGUAACUCAUUCACUGUAAUAAAAAGAUUUCAUGAAACCGCCAA